CGGGUUGGGCUUCAGCUUCCUUGCGUUUUGUACCACCUAUCCAAAGGAAACCCACAGUGCAAGCGAAACCUAAACUCACGCCGCGAGCGCCAGCAACUUCACCACCUGGGUCUGUGUCUUCUCAGACAGACAAAGCAAGUUCUUCGCCUGCUGCUGCUGUCCCUCGUACUACUUCCUCAAAGAAUAAGCAGCAGCAACAGCAAUUUAAUCCGCUGGAAGACGUGAACCAGAGUAAAUUGAAUAUAAAGAGUAAUCCACGUGGUGCUGCACGAAAUCUAUUUGACAAAAAUAAGAAAGGUGCUAAGGGAGCAAGACAAGCACCAUUAUCGUUGGAAGAUGAUUACGAUCCGACAAAGCCAAACGAUUACGAAGAAUACAAGGAACUCGAAAAACGACGUAGAGAAGAGGAAGCUCUUAGUCAAGCAGGAAAACGAUUUCGUUCUCCGAGUUAUGACGGUGAAAAACGUGCCAGCCCUCGUUAUUUCCCGCCACCAUCUUUAUAUUCAUCUGAAUCAUCACCAUCUUCUAAAACCAGUGAUUUAGUAGAAGAUACUAUCAUCGAGCGUCAACCUCCUGCCCAUAUAGAUUUGGAUAUUUCUGGUGAGGAAGCAUUUUUACGAAGAGCUCGAUUGAGUAACAACAGCAGUGCUAUAUCUCGAGAUGCAAUAUCCCCACGAAAAUCUCCUGAACCUCGUUCGGGAUUAGGUUCUGAAAACUUUGCGCAUCGCAUGCUUGCGAAAUAUGGGUGGCAGGAAGGACAAGGUAAAACCGAGGGCAUGAAUAUCUCCAAUAAUGGAAAUUAUUCCAAGAAUUAUCAAACUAAAGAAGUUUCUCGAGUUAUAUUGUUGACAAAUAUGGUUGGUCCAGGAGAAGUGGAUGAUACUCUUCAGGAAGAAACUGCAGAUGAGUGUAACGAAAAAUAUGGAACAGUUGAACGUUGUUUAAUAUUUGAGGUGCCUCAUGGAAAGCUUCCUGACGACGAGGCGGUGAGAAUUUUUGUUAAAUUCGUGGAGCAGGAAGCAGCAACUAAAGCCAAAAUGGAUCUUAAUGGUCGAUUUUUUGGUGGUCGCGCUGUUACUGCUCGGUUCUUCGAUCAAGCAAGAUUCGAUAAGUUAGAUUUGGCUCCGUCGGCAACUGAAUUGCAAAAAGCGAGACAACGUGAUAAUAUUUGCGAAUUGAAAUAA